UGGACCCCUCUCUGCCCUCCCCGGGCACACGGGUCCCCCCUCCGACGCCCGCGCCCUCCCUGUCCACGCUGAGCGCCAGGGGCGCGUGCGUCCCCGCCGAGGAGCCGGGAUCCCGCGCGCCAUGGAAGCAGCUAACCUCUCGGUGGCCUCCACCGGGGUCGCCCUUCGCCUGGGACCCGACGCCUAGAGCAGCAGCCCAAGCCCCGGCGGGGUCGUCCAGUUGACCCCAGGCGGCGCCGCCCUGCCUGGUCGAGAGCCGCCCUUCUCUGUCUUCACGGCGCUGGUGGUGACGCAGCUGGUGCGGCUGAUCGCGGCCACUUUCCUGUGGAACCUGCUGGUCUUGGUCACCAUGCUGCGCGUCCGCGCCCUCCACCGUGUGCCGCAUAACGUGGUGGCCUCGACGGCCGUGUCGGACGAGCUCGUGGCAGCGCUGGUGCAUACGCCCCUGAGCCUGGCGAGCGAGCUGUCGACCGGGCGACGGUGGCGGCUGGGCCGGAGCUUGUGCCGCGUGUGGAUCUCCUUCGACGUGCUGCGCUGCCCCGCCAGCAUCUGGAACGUGGCGGCCAUCGCCCUGGCCCGAUACUGGACCAUCACGCGCCACCUGCCGUACACGCCGCGCACCUGCCGCCGAGCCUCGGUGCUCAUGAUCGCGCUCACCUGGGCCCUCUCCGCGCUCAUCGCCCUCGCGCCGCUGCUCUCCGGCUGGGGCGAGGCGAACGACGCUCGGCUCCGGCGCUGCUAGGUGAAGGAGGCCCCUCCCGAGGCUGAGAUGGUGUUCACGGGGGUGGCCUUUCAGAUGAACAGAGCCUCGUGGCGGAAGCGUGAGGAGAAGCGGGCGGCCGUGAUGGUGGGCGUUCUCAUCGGCGUGUUCGUGCUGUGCUGCAGCCCCUUCUUCCUGACGGAGCUCAUCAGCCCCCUCUGUGCCUGCAGCCUGCCCCCCAUCUGGAAAAGCGUAUUCCUGUGGCUUGGCUACUCCAACUCUUUCUUCAACCCCCUGAUUUACACGGCAUUGAACAAGAACUACAACAGUGCCUUCAGGAAACUUCUCACCAAGCAGAGAUAAACCCAGGGCUUGGAGAGACACGCAGGCUGCCUCAAAUCCUCUGUGAACUGAGACAGGGAAGAAAGGACCGGGAGAUGAUUGACAAGCUGGAUGCAGUGGAAAAGGUGGGCACAUCAUUACUGAUCAAAUGACGUCCUCAAACAUCGUCACCGCCUCCAUGUUUCUUCAGGCGUGUCUGAAGGGAAUCUGGAUUCUGCUCACGACUGCUGUCCUCUGUGAGCAUCUCUUCCACAUGGGGGUUCCACCCCCGGAAGCCCUCUCUUCUGGCCCCUGACCUUCUCCCUCCACACUAAAGCUGGAUGAUACAGAGAAGUGUCUUUUAAAACUCCAGGUCACAACUUGUCAUGAAAUCAAUUGGUGAUCAUCUCAGACAGCUGUGUUCUCAGUGUCUGUACACAAUCACUACAGAAUCUGGGUGGCGCAGAGCGACAAGCCUUCACUCCCUGCUAAGGUGUCU